GAGGGCGCGCCAGUGUAAGGUUGCAGGUGCUACCGUGUGUACGACGCUGCCAGACACCUCCGCCAAACACGCGUCGCCGUCACCACCACCAAACAAACACCGUAACAUUCUGAUAACUCACCUAAAAAAACAACAAAACACCCACUGGAUUAACGAUAACAACUACCGAAAAGAACAAAAAAAUUAAGUGAUAACCCGAAUCUUGUGGUGCUGGCGAUGGAGUAAUGCUGAGUAAGUCAAACCUGAUUUUAAACUGUUAACUACACCUACAGAGGCUCACACUGGCACCAAAAUGUUCAUCGACUAAUUGUUUAACAGUUAAUGAUAAAAUCUAAAACUGAGUUUGAAGCCGCAGUGAACACGCCCAGCAGAUACGCCGAUUCAGGUGAUAAUCUUGGCCGUGAAGACAGGGAGCCAUGGUCACGGCCCCGUGCUGUGACGUGUAGUGCAUAGUGAAUUGCCAGUGAAGUGAUAGUGAGGCCGAACACGAUACACCAACAGUAAAGAGAAAGAGGAAGUGCCCCCAACAGUAGCAACAUGACGGAAGAUGUGAGUUCCCCUUCAGCAGUGGCGGCGGUGGCAGCAGCAGCAGUUGCUGGAUCUUCUGCCUCCUCAUCAUCGUCGACAUCAUCGUCGUCAGCUGGCUCCGAGCCGUCCGUCAACCAGAAGCUCUUUCUGGUGGUGAGUGUCGCCCUCGCCACUGUCUGCUUCUUCACCAACAUUGUUCAGGUGGCAGUGUUCGCGAGGCCCUCCGUCAUAAGGUCGGUGAAGAGCGUCCUCCUGCUGUCUCAGGCGCUCAGUGGGUUGGUGGCCGCCUUCGUCGUCGCCUUCCCUAUACAUGUCAUCUCCGCCAGGGGAGGGUCAGUGGUGGGUGAAGAGGGGUAUGCCACCUGCUACCUGGGCCACUCAGCCGUCAUCCUGCUGACUGCCCUCACCUCCCUCGGCUCCUCUACACUCCUGCUCUUCCAUCAGUACAUGAAAGUCAACGACCCACGCAGAUUUAUGACAGCUGGUAGCAAUGUAGUUGGAUGGAGUGUGGGAGUCAGUGCUGUAUGGUUUGUGGCUAUAGUUGUGUCUGUGCUGCCCUAUGCUGGAUGGAACUCCUGGGAGGUCCACGAUGCUCGCUGUCACCUGUCAACACUCUGGCCACUUUCCUUCACAGCAUUUCUCACAUUCUUAGUGGGUGGCCAUGUGGCAGCAGCUCUUCUCAUGUGGGCUUCAACUCGUGCUACUCAACUUAAGGCCAUGGCCAGUCGUAGAGGAGCAGCACCUCCAACUAACUGCCCUGAUGCAGAAGAGGCCCCAAUUGCAAAUCAUGUGCAAGGAAUACACAAUAACAGCAGUGGCAGUGUGCGUGUAGGUGGCUGGUGUGUAAGUGUGGGCUCACUGGUGCCCAUGUUAGCCCAUGUGGUAGUAGCAUCCUCCUGCGCUGCAUCCCGCACAUGUCAAGCAAGCCCUAGCCAUUAUCAUGAAGAGGCUGCUGCACUUCCUUGGGCUUCACUCCUACUUGCUGCAGCUGCUGUAACAAAUCCUCUUCUCUAUGUCUUCACCGAUGAUCAGGUGUCAUCAUCAACUCUGCUGCUGUUGUCCCGAGUGUGCUGUUGGUGGUGUGAACGUCGUAAACAGCGCCUGGUGCCUCGUCACCAAGAACCGCACGAUGCCGAGACUAACGUUUAUGUCACCAACGAUACCGACCACCUGGUGUCUGAUAACACCUAAAGCUUGCACAGAUUCACAUGCUUAAAAACAAAAUAGGAAUCCCCUCUUUGCUCUUACACCAUGGUUAUGUAUAACCAGACAUAGCAAAAGGACUCAAAUGACACAAACUUGUUGGCCAUUGAUAAAUCUUUAACAUCUAAAUUAAAAUUUAGUUAGUUCUCAAACGUAGCAUCCCAAAGAAGCAAUAUGUAAUUAUGCCAAAUAUUAACCCAAAUGUACCUCUUUAGCAUCUACGGUGAAUGAGUUCACACCAGACUAAAGACUGGAACAACCAUGCUAUAGGUUCUCCCACUGGUGAACAACUCAAGCAAGAAACGUCAACUCGGAAGAAUACUUCAGAUGGUUUCAAUACUCAAUAUAUCAUUGACCGUUCUGAAGGUAAGACUUUGAAGGUAAGAUUAACAAUGCAUUUUGUGAAAAAAAAAUAACAAUUCCCUUUCUAAUUUUCUUUUAUAUAAAAACAAAAAAUAAUCAUAAAAACUAAAGUAUUUAUAGAAUUAUCUGAUAACUGUAAAAUAUAAUGUAUUAGUAUUAUUUAAAAGCUUAUAAUAAGUCAGAAUUUUAAAUAUUAAAUUGUCAUGGGAUUGGUCUUAUAUCAAUAAUUAUUAAUAUCGAUACCUGUAACGGGUACACUGCAGCCUUCGUGAUGGAGACAUCUAAAUUACUAUCUGUAUUUUUACCUAAGAAACUGUUCUCAAUAUCCCUCAUAACAUAAGUAUUGUUUGGAUUUAUUUCUUGACAUAAACACACAUCUACAAACAAAUACUGUAUAGCAAUAGUUUAUGUUAUGUUAUACUCCAGUAUACAUAUGAUAUUAUGUAUUUAAUCUUAUGUAUUUCCCUAAAAUGAUUCCAAGUCCCACUGUAAUAUAUACACAUGUCUGCUUAUCUGUAAAUGUGAUAUACAGUAUAUAUAUAUAUAUAUAUAUAUAUAUAUAUGUAUAUAUAUAUAUAUAUUAGAAUCACUAAAUACUGUACUGUAUGUCAAUUUGGGUCCUGCUAUAAGGCCUUAUGAUCAGUUUUUUCUUUAAUAUGAGAAAUGUCAACAAAACCAAUAUACAGUACAGGUACUGUACUACUGUGUAGGAUAUAUUCUCAAUCAGAGACAAUUUAUGGAACAAAUUGAAUUAAGUCAACUAAUUCUCAAUCUACUGUACAGCUGUGAAGAUCAACAUAAAGAGCAUUAGGGACAAAAAACCACAUAGUUAACAUUAAACGCUCACAUUACACCUCAUAAAUAUUUAACGCUUGUAAAUCCUUAAGAAUCUGACUGUCUUUUUGGAAUAUUAUUCUAAUUACCAAAUAUACUUCACAUCAAUUAAUCUAUUAAAGGGAAAAUACUGUAUAACUCCUAAGAUGCUGUGCAUAUAUUUCCUGCUUUAAAACAACAACUAUAUAUUAGCAAACUUUCUACAUCUAAUAAGCUUGUAAAAAUGGGAAUUUCAAUGAGGAAAAUAUACCCAUAUACUACCUUACAGUGUCUUUGUGAAAUGGUGACGACAAAUAAUGUACCGUAUAAGUAAGAUCUUGUACUGUACUGUAUAUACUGUACAUCAUUCAGUUCAUAUUCUAAAUUCACAAAAAUUACAGAACUAGAGGAAGCAAUCAAAUAUAUGGUACCGUAAGCUUUUUAAGACUGAUUAUUGUGAAUUAAGUUUCAAGGAUGAUGCAAGUUGUAUAUUUGGAUCCACUGAAAAAACAUUUAUGGAUGAAAAAGACCCGUGCCAUGCAGCAUAUUAAGGAUGUGUUGUAUGUACAGUACUGUAGAGUCCCCAAACUUGUAGCUACUCUAUUUUCUUUUAUGAUUUUACCACUUUGGUUUAUAGUAUUACCUUCUGUAUACAGUACUCCUACAAUUCUUAUAAGGACACAAACUUUUCAUAUGCAGUACUUUCACUGAAUCACUCCAAUUAUUCAUAUGUUUAAUCUUGUAUACUAAUGAUAUGAGAACACACAGGCAAACACUUACACAUCCCCCCCCCCCACACACACAAAACUACUACUGUAGUUAUAAUUAUCUCUACAUACAAACAUAAUAAACUUCAAUAUAGUAUUAUACAUCUUUUGCAUCAGUAUAUGUUUACAUAUGGCUGCGAGGAACAUCCUAUGUAGAGUUGAUCUUAUUUCCCUCUAAAUACGCUUAAAGUUUCUUUUGAUGGCAAUUAGCUACAAAGUUAAAUCUUAGGUAGCUAAAUAAAUGUAAAUUAAAGAAAAACUAAUCUAAAAAGAACCAGUUUUCAGAAUUUAUAAAAACUCAAAUCAAAAUUUCAUGUAAAUAUUAAAAAAGACAAAAUUGUUACAAGAAACUCACUUAACACUGUAAGGAAUUAAUUGUUUAAAAAAUGUGUGUAACCAGCUUGAAAAACAGCUUUAUAUGUAAUGUCUUUAAACACCCUUUCAUGUAAUAAUGUACCCACUGUAGCUCUGAUAGCAUUCCAUAUACAGGUAAAUUUAGAAUUCAGCACUGUAUCAAUGUGUGUUCUUAAUUACUGUACCAGGCAAGUGCAUAAUAAAUAACCAGUAUAUCUUCUACGUAAACAAAACAAGUGUCAAUGCUUAACCAUUUAAACAGCACAAUGCUUAUUUACAAUAAAGCCUAGUGACAAUAUAGAGAAAAUCAUAUUGUCUGCAGUCCCAUAUAUAAAAGAUAUUUAGACCAUACAGUACCGUAUCACUAAUUUUUCUCGGCAAGAAAAAAUAUAAGAAAACUCCUACAGUAUUUCAUUUCUUACUCCAAGAACAGAAUUUUUAUGUGUAGAUCAUUGUACACUAAGUGAACUUGGCAUAAAGAGAAAGAAUAAAAGUCUAAAAUUGAUAUCAAGAACUGGUCUGAAAAACAGGCUGCACAUUCUCACAGCCAAUUACAUAAAGCUUACAAAGAUGAGGACAAAUUUUCAUCUUCAUCGGUGAUUCUUAUUUUUUUUACAUUAUUUUAAUUUUAUAAAGAUAAUUGGCCCCACAGGAUUUUUUUAAAUAUUCAAAGAUGCUGCAAAGAUUUUUUCAUCAGAUACUGUUUCUGUUAAAAUCAAUACACUGGAUGUUAAUUCUAUAUAAAUCAGGAAAAAACAGUAUAAAAUAUCGAUGGCUUAAAUAUUAAACGUGAAUUAUCAUUUUACUAUUAUCUAAAUAAGUACACUAAUAAUAAAUUAUAUAUGUAUGAUGCAUUUUUCAAGUCUAUGUAACUGAAAAAAAAGUAGAUUCAUUUAUUAAUUCAGUAAAAGGACAUUCCUGAUAA